AUGGAACAGGCUGACGCAGUGGAGACGCAAUCCAGUCUCAACGGCCUUUCUAGACCGCAGCCCCGUUCCGUGGGUCACAACACCCAAUUUCCGGCACAUUUUGCUCUCAUUUUAGACUUGAUUACCGGGGGCUUCGGCCCGCUCCCUAUCAACCUCGACGCGUCUCCUCCAUCUCGUCACUGCCAUUUAAACAUGGGCAAGAAGCGCAAAAGACCCGGCAAAGCUGUCCGUCAGGGUCCGGCCCCGUCCCGGCCUAGUAAUUCUGCAUCGUCCCGUCGUUUCAAAUCCCCCAAGGCCCCAGACACGCGAAACGGUCAAACCACCCACCCAGUGAUCUCGCUGUACUACCGAGAGCUCCUUACCCUGCGCCAGUAUCUCCUUACUCAUCUCCCGGUGUCUUCAAAGCUACGCCGCCGGCGCAUCGCGUCGCUAGCGAGCUCAACUGCCGAGCCCACCUCAUCAUUAGCCCACCUGCUCGACUCCACCCUGGUCGGCGUCUUGAAACAAUCGACUCCGAAGGUCGACUCCGAACGCCAGCGCGACUAUCGCGCCUUCACCCAGUCCCAAUCACGGUCGAUCCUCGUCAGCACGGACACCGGACCAACCUCGCCCCAAUCCGAGGUGGUGGACUUUGCCAUAGAGUCUCUUUUUAGAAAGGCUGGGUACCAAAGACCGGAACACUUGCUCACACAUGGCUUCCGUCGCCCGGCGGUUGGUCAAAAUGCCGUGGAUAUGAUUCCCGGGGUUGUGGCUCAAUUCCCGAAUCAUAAUGUUCGCAUCCUGAAGGAAGCGCCAUGGGCCGAUGUCCUGGGCCUGCUGGGUCAGAGCGGUGACGAGAUCAUGAUACGCCUGUUGUUUGACUGCGGUAUCUUUGCUCCUAUUGACGCACGAAGGGGUGUCUACUUUCAAUUAAGUGGACUGCCGCUGUCAGGACUUCAGCAAAUCGGCGAUUCGCAUUCAAAGGUUGAGGCCUCCAAUCAAACGUCAGGCGCAAAAAAGAGUAGUCAUGUGCACAGCCUUCGUGAGGCUCGAGGCCCGAACAGCAUCAUUCUACUCCGUCGCCGCAUGCUCUACAGCAAAACCGCCGGCCCGUCAAAGGGAAAUGCACCCUUUGGACUGGGGGUUACGCAUGUCUUCAACCGAUGUUCUUCGCUCGACUCAUCGGCACAGACAGUGCACGUGAUGAAAUACAUAUUUCCUCGAGAAUUUGGCCUCAAUAAUGUUUUCACCGUAUCGGCAGAUUCUAACAGCAGUGUGGAUAUGCUCUCAAAUCACAAUCGUCGCGAGAGUGAAAUAGCACGAGAUGAUGAACAAAGAAGACAAAGGCGCUGUCAAUCCAGUGGUGAUCAAUUGCGGGCGGAGCUAGGAGGAAACCUCUCAGAGAAAGUACCGAAGCGACUCCGUGGAAAGGCUAUGGAGUUGAUCAGUAGGCUCCGAUUGAAUCAUGCUCGGUGCUCGUAUGGUGAACUUUUGAAAUACUAUUGUCCCGACCCUACUGGGCCAUGGAAAUUAGGUGUUGCUGCCUCUCCAGUAAAAGCGGCAGCCAAACCCGACAAGCCGGGGUCUUCCUUGGAAUACAGCUUGGUAACACAGCUGCAAGCCAAAUCACCGCUUUCCAGUCGAUUGGCGAAAAGUCCCCACAGUGGCUCAUCACCACAGGACGUGUCUAGUGACGAGAAAGAAGAAGAAAAAAAGUGCCAUUCACGAGUCAAGCAACCCAAGCUGAGCUUGAUUGAUUAUGCGACCCCUGCCUCUUCCGUUUCCGCGUUCUGUCGUGCUGUUCUCCAGAAGUUGAUACCUCACACCUUUUUCGGGGACGGGCCGCACCGUGUCACUGCUAUUCCAUGGCUGGUGCCUCCAAAAUUGGACUUGGCUAAAGGAACGACUACGAAAAUCUCUAUGUCUGAUUUCCAAAAACGCAUUCAGCUCUUGCAUGAAUUCAUUUUCUUCGUUUUCGAUUCUGUUGUGAUUCCUCUUGUCCGGGCAAAUUUUUACGUCACCGAGUCCCAAACUCACCGAUAUCACCUCUUCUAUUUCCGCCAUGAUGUAUGGCAACGCCUGACAGAGCAACCUCUCGCCGAAUUGAAAGCAACCAUGUUUGAGGAGCUUGAGCCGAAGAAGGCUAAUCGUAUGCUGGCCAGGCGUUCUCUUGGCUACGGCUCGCUGCGCCUGCUUCCAAAGGCUACCGGCUUACGACCUAUCUUGAACUUGCGACGCCGAGUAGUCAAAGGAGCAGAUUGGCGGGGGAAGAAGUUUGCGACCAGCAUUAACUCCACCAUCACGCCCAUAUACAACAUGUUGACAUAUGAGCGACAGCAAGCGCCCGUAAAACUGGGUGCAUCCAUAUCUUCGGUAGGAGACAUGCAUCCACGGUUGAAGGGGUUCAAGGUGCAAUUGACUCAGCAACUGCCUUUAUCGUCCGUCAAGGCCUUCGGUGAGCUACCUCGGCUCUACUUUGUCAAACUCGAUAUCCAAGCUUGCUUCGACACCAUUCCGCAGCAGAGACUAUUGCGACUCGUUGAAGAGCUGGUCUCUCAAGAAACCUACCAUAUCACCAAACAUGUGGAGAUUAAUCCCCGUAGCAUCGACCCACGGGGAUACCCCAGUCGCAAGUUUGCAGCACGUGCAGCCCCCGUCACCAAGCAACAGCAUCUGGCAGAUAUUGUCGCUAGUGGAGCUCACCCACGAAAGCCGAAUACUGUCUUUGUUGAUACCGUCAGCCAGAGGGUGCAGAGCGCCGAAGAGCUGCUAGACCUUCUUGAUGAACACGUGCGCAACAACUUAGUCAAGAUGGGAAGGGAAUUCUACCGUCAGCGCAGUGGUAUUCCACAGGGCUCUGUUCUUUCCAGUCUUCUAUGCAAUUUCUUUUACGCCGAGCUAGAACGCACCGUGCUAGGAUUUCUGCAACCUUCAGAGUCAUUACUUAUGCGACUCAUUGAUGACUUUCUUCUUAUCACCACCAACCCCAAACAAGCAACACAAUUCUUGCAGGUCAUGCUUCGUGGUCAGCCAACAUAUGGUGUCACCGUUAAUCCAACCAAAAGUAUGGCCAACUUUACAGCUGCAGUCGAUGGCAUUCACAUCCCCCGAUUGGAGGGAACAUCGCUUUUCCCCUACUGUGGAUGUCUGAUUGACACUCACACGCUUGAACUCCACCAGGAUCGCGACCGGAUGCUUGAUGGCGGUGAAUCUGCCGCCGUCAACCUCUCAAAUGCUCUGACUGUGGAGAUGAACCGCCUUCCGGGUCGCACGUUUACACGUAAAGUCCUGACAACAUUCCGACUGCAGAUGCAUCAGAUGUAUCUCGACGAGGCCCAUAAUUCGCGCACUACAGUGCUCGCCAACCUCUACACCAGUCUGAUUGCGUCGGCUAUGAAAAUGUACCGGUACAUGAAAUCCCUGCGCGGGCGCGCCCAUCCCGAGCCACCGAUCAUCGUCCAGACUAUUCAUGCAUUGAUUAUGCAAACGAUCAAUAUGAUUCACGCUCGCCGUGCAUCUAGCACCGCGCCCUUAAAAUGCUUCGUUCAGCUGUCACAUGUACAGUACCUGACUGCCGCCGCCUAUCGGUUUGUGCUGAAGCGCAAACAAACACGAUAUGCGCCGGUCCUGCGCUGGUUAGACUUGGUCGGGAAAGAGUCGCGACCCCGGGCAAACGGAGAAGCUGUACGGAUGAUGCAAGUAGUCAAGCGCGGGGAUAUCCUCUUUGAAGGAUGGCGCUUCUAG